AUGGCUUUGCCAGGCGGAUCCGCGGCAGAGGAGCGACUAAGCAGGUGCAACGCUAGAGGGAGCGACGGCGGAGAGACGGGGAAAGGAGGGAGCGACUCACCCCACGCAGCAUCAAGUCACGCCCGCCCCCGCCCGCUCGCGCUCGGCGUCGGCGAUGACGCGGGGCGGGUGCUGGCGGCGGACGCGGCGCCGCACCGAGCGCAGCACCGAGCUCACCACGCCCUCGUCGCGCGGCCGCACCGCCUCCGCCUCCGCGCCCCCGGCCCCGGCCCCGGCCCCGCCCCGAGCGGCCCGCGACCCAGCGGCGGCGCGCGGCGCCGCGCCGAUCGCGCUCACCGCUCCCGGUCCCGGUCCCGCGCGCGCACCUCCUCCACGGCGCUCUCCAGCACCGCCCGCUGCUCCUCCCGCGCCACGCGCAGCGCCGGUCCGCCCACCGCCGCGCCCUCGCCCAGGAAGCUCUCGCUCGCCUCACCGCCACUUCGCUCGCCGCAGCCGCCUCCUUCUCGUCUCCCGCUGCCCGCGACUCCUCGGCCACGCCCUUGUCCUCGUCCCUCGCGCGUCCGAAUCGCCUCGCAGAUGCGCCCUGCGUCGGAAGGCAGAGGGCUGUCGGCGCCCUCGCUUCCUCGCUCGGCUGGGCGGGCGCGGGCCGGGAGCAGCGACACCGGUCGCGCCUCCCCUCGCCGCCUCCAGCGAAGGAUCUCGUCCACGUCGGGGGAGACGAGCGCAGGUCACAUCCCACCCCACUGCUCCGCACAGCGACUGGAUGGACGUGGCCUGACCGACUGCCGAUGA